CGUAGGCCGUAGCACGGCCGCCAGGAGCCUCCCACCCGUCAAGUCAUCGCCCACCCCACGCGGCUGCAGCUCCCUCCCCAAAGCCCCGAGCCCGACACCGCGCGGCGGAGAUUCCCAGAUCGGCGGCGAUGCCCGCGCCGGCGGCGCGGGCCCUCGCGGCGGCCGUGCUGCUCGCCGUCGCGUCCAUCUGCGCGGAGGCCGUGUGGCUCGACAUGCCGCAGACGGGGACCAAGUGCGUGUCGGAGGAGAUCCAGGCCAACGUGGUGGUGCUCGCCGACUAUGCCCUCAUGUACGAGUCCCACCCCUCCUCGCACCCGACCCUCGCCGUCAAGGUUACUUCACCAUAUGGGUACACCUUACAUGAGAGUGGAAAUGCUACAGUUGGUCAAUUUGCAUUCACAACCUCAGAAGCUGGAAACUUCCUUGCCUGCUUCUGGAUAGAUAGUGCAGAGAAAGGAUCGGGAAUAUCUGUAAAUCUUGAUUGGAAAACUGGGAUUGCAACAAAGGACUGGGAUGCUGUUGCCAAGAAGGAAAAAAUAGAGGGUGUAGAACUAGAACUUAGGAAGCUUGAAGUGGCUGUAGAGUCGAUUCAUCAGAACAUGGUGUACCUCAAAACAAGGGAAGCGGAGAUGAGGGAGGUGAGCGAGAAAACAAACGCCAGGGUUGCUUGGUUCAGCAUCUUGUCGCUGGGCGUCUGCAUGGUGGUUUCGGUUUUGCAGUUGUGGCACCUUCAAGGCUACUUCAGGAAAAAGAAGCUCAUCUAGAUUAAACUCAUGUGAUGUUGCGCCGUAGCCCCGUUUGUUGUUCACCCUCGGGGGGAAAAGAGAUGGUCUCGUCACGUUUAGUUUGAACAUUUAGAUAACCCACGACUUGUACUGUAUGUGCUGUAACCAUGAUCUAUUCCCGCUGUGUUGCACUAGGUUGGAGAGUGGAGACAAGCCUGAACCCUGAAGUAUACCUUGGCUGGAACUGUUCUUGCUAUCUUCA